UAUCGAUGACUCGCCGUUUGCUCUUUCGAGAGACACACUUGAGGUUUUAGGUAACCAAGCCAACAUGAGUCAAAUACGCGUUUAACACAGGGUGUUCUCAUUCGCCGGUGAUGGCACGUUCGCAGCAUUUGGCCAUAGCGGUAGCAUGAACGCAUCACAUCCAGCGGCUCAGCCUCAGGAUCUCAGAACACCUUUUGCCUCACUGUCCUCUCCGAACGCUGUGGCAAGCCUUUCGGUAGGGAAGCGAAAGCCGCAAGUGGAUAUCACAAUGUGUUUAAUCUCCGAGUAGCGAUGGAAGCUGCUGGAAUUGUCGAACUGGCUGUGGAUACGCGUGGAUACCACUGGACACCGAGUAAGCUUGGUUUCGAAAGAAUUAUCGGCGUUGGAUCCUCGAUGACUUUUACAAUGUCACAAUCAAGGAGAUUCUCUUGAGGCUUGAAGUAUGCACGGACAUUGGCGAUUUUGACUGAUGUGUCAUUCUCGGAACACAAUUCACUUGCUUUUAUGAAUCACUGUGAAACAAUAAUUUAUUCAAGUAUACUGAAAUAUGGACUGAAACAAAUAUAUUUAUUAGACCAUCAAAUUACAUUUCGCUACCAGGUGUUUCAUCUAGAUUUGCGCUGAAUCCUGGUGCGGAACCGUGGGAACUCAGUUCUGACCAGCUGCAUCUCGCCUUGGGAAGAACCUGUCACCAUCGAAGUGGAUAUGAUGACAUUAACGUGAAGAUGGGUUUAGUUUUCGGUCUGUUGUGGCUGUUCAACAUCUUUUUGGGAGGCAUUCAUUGCCAAGGAGUGUAUGCACCUCCUACCGUCCGAAUCGUCCACUCCGGCCACGCGUGUAACAUCGAGGAGGAGCACUACACUGAACGUGUCUACACCAUCAGGGAGGGGGAGACGCUGGAGCUGGCCUGCCUGGUCUCGGGCCACCCUCGGCCUCAGAUUCGAUGGACCAAAACAGCCGGCAGCGCUUCGGACCGCUUCCAGGACUCCAGCGUGUUCAACGAAACCCUGCGCAUCACCCGGAUCCAGAGGCACCAGGGGGGACGCUACUACUGCAAGGCCGAGAACGGCCUGGGCUCACCAGCCAUCAAGUCCAUCCGGGUGGAUGUCUACUAUCUGGAUGAUCCCAUCGUCACUGUCCACCAGAGCAUUGGUGAGGCUAAGGAGCAGUUCUACUACGAGCGGACGGUGUUCCUGCGCUGCAUGGCCAAUUCAAACCCGCCCGUGCGUUACAGCUGGAGGCGUGGACGUGAGUUCCUGUCCCAAGGCUCGGACAAGGGCGUGGAGAUCUACGAGCCCUUCUUCACACAAUUGCAGGGUGAGACCAAGAUUCUGAAGCUGAAGAACCUUCGACCUCAGGACUACGCCAACUACAGCUGUAUCGCCUCAGUCCGUAAUGUGUGCGGCAUUCCUGACAAGAACGUCCUCUUCAGACUCUCCAACAGAACAGCGUCUCCCAGCAUCAAGCUGUUGGUGGAGGACCCGAUGGUGGUGAACCCCGGGCAGACCGUGACCAUGGUGUGCGUGACCUCGGGCGGCGAACCCGCGCCCACGCUCACCUGGGUGCGCAACGCGGACGACCUGCCCAGGAACAGCGUCCUGAACGGUGGGACCCUCACGCUGCCCGCCGUCUCCAUGGAGGAAGCUGGCCUCUACAGCUGUGUGGCCAGCAACAACGUGGGCAACCCGGCCAAGAAGUCCACCGCCAUCGUGGUCCGAGGUCUUAAAAAGGGACGCUUCUGGAUCACGCCCGACCCGUACCACAACGAUGACAACAUCCAAAUCGGCCGCGAGGUCAAAAUAUCCUGCCAGGUGGAGGCCACGCCCCCGGAGGAACUCCUGUUCAGUUGGCUGAAGAACGGAAGGCCACUACGCAGCUCCGAGCGCAUGGUCAUAACCCACACCGACCCUGACGUCCAGCCGGGCACCACCAACCUGGACAUCAUCGACCUCAAGUUCACGGACUUCGGCACGUACACCUGCGUGGCGGCUCUCAGGAACGGCGGGAUCCCGGAAAUCAGCAUUGACGUCAACAUCUCUUCGACCACAGUCCCUCCAGAGCUGACGGUGCCACGGGGAAAGUCCCCCCUGGUGGUCCAGGAGGGCGACACUGUGGACCUCCAGUGCCUGGUCUCUGGGAAGCCCAAGCCCAUCAUCCUGUGGUCGAGGGCUGACAAGGAGACCCCCAUGCCCGACGGCAGCCUUCACACCGAGAGCUAUGAUGGCGUUCUCCGCAUCGUUAACGUGUCGCGCGAAAUGACCGGCACCUACCGCUGUGCGACCAGCCAGUACAACGGCUUUAACGUUAAACCCCGGGAAGCCCUGGUGGAGUUAACUGUGCAGUAUCCGCCCGCGGUGGAGCCGCUGUUCACAGAGAUCCGCCAGGGUCUGGGUCGGGCCUUCGCCCUCAACUGCCGAGUCCUCCGGGCCCACCCGUCCAAGGUGUUGAAGUAUGAAUGGAAGCUGGGCACCCGGCUGUUGACCAUGGGCCAGUUGGACCAGCGCGAUGAGACGGACUACCACGUGCGGGCCCUGAAUCGGGAGGGCUAUGGGGAGUACACCUGUGAGGUGACCAACGAGGCCGGGGCGGGCACCUGCCGGUUCUUAGUCACAGGGAGGGCCUACGCCCCAGAGUUCUAUUAUGACACCUACAGUGCUCUGUGGCAGAACAAGCCCAGCGUCUAUGGCUUCAAGCUGCAGUGGACCCAGCAGAACCCCCUCUCUGUGGACCGCAUCGUGGCCUACCGGCUGGGCAUCAGACAGAUGGGUCAGUCGAGGUGGUGGGAACAUGAGAUCCCCAUGGAAGGAACCAUUGGCAAGGGGGAGCUGAUCAGCCACAAUCUGACAGAGCUCAUCAAGCCGGAGGCCUACCUGGUGCGCCUCACCCCAAUCACACGCUUUGGGGAAGGAGACUCCACGGACCGGAUCAUCACGUACAGCGCUCCGGUCAACCCUCACCUGAGGGAGUUCCACUGCAGCUUUGAAGACGAGGCUGUGUGCAUGUUCUCCCAGGACAAGACGGAUGACUUUGACUGGACCCGGCAUAGCGCCGCCACCAGAAACACCAAGUACACGCCAAACACGGGGCCCAGCAUUGACCGAGCAGGCUCCAAGCAAGGUUUCUACAUGUACAUCGAGACUUCCCGCCCACGCGUGACCGGAGACGUGGCUCGGCUGUUGACCCCCAUGUUCAACGUCUCCCCCAAAAGCCCCUAUGGGACAGUGACCACUGCGGCCUCCUACUGCUUUGGCUUCUACUACCAUAUGUAUGGGAAACACAUAGGGGCGCUAAACGUGUACCUCCGACAGAAGGGCCAGUCAGGCAAAGACAGUUCUGUGUGGACUCUGGUUGGGAACCAAGGUGAUCGAUGGAAGCUGGCCAAAGUCAACAUCCACCCAACGUCCUCCUUCCAGUUGGUUCUUGAAGGUGUUCGUGGUUUGGGUAUUGAAGGGGAUAUCGCCAUAGAUGAUGUCACCAUUGAGGAAGGAGAAUGUAAAGACCCCCCGCCGAACAAUCUGAGGUCGCUGGCUCCUCCCACUCUGCCCCAUAUAUGGCAGUUCCUGGUCACACUGACCCUGGUCUAUCUGGGCCGUCAGAGGUGACCCCUCUCCCCCUAGAGGAGCGACCUGGCGUCAAACCCGCUCCUGUGGAAGACUCUGCAGACUUAAACUGGACAUCAACCCCCCCAUCACCACCAUCACCUCCACACAAAAAAAAACUAACUACCAAAGAUUCACUCCUCUACAGUCUGCAGGAGAACGGAGCCGUCUAUAACUGUUCCUGCUCGGUGCCCGAAAGAAACAAACAAACAAAAAAAACUUGAUCCGGAUAUUUCUCAAAUAUGCACCCAGAGCACUUCAAGGUCAGGAUGGAGAGCCAGGCCUCUUCGAGAUGGAGACUAGUCCAUUUCUUUUUUUUCAGAGAUGAAGAGAGUGAGGCAGAGCAACAGUGCCAAUGUUUGCAUUGGAAUGGUACAUUUCUGUGAAGCACAAGGACACGCGGUGUGGUUCCAUGAUUUUCUUUUUCCCCCCUCCUCCAUGUGUUGGUUCGCUGCUUGUCAAGGCUGCAGGAUUAUGAUGAAAUAUUGCUUAACGAGAUGGGGUGAAGAAGAGGUAGAUUUUAUGUUAACAGCGUGUCGAGAAAUGUACAAAAUGUUUUCAACAACCCACGCUGACCUGAAGCUGUUUUCUCAUGAAUAUAAUAGAGGCUUGCUUAACCCUCUGUUAUGGCUCUGCACCCCUCUGUGAACUCAUGGGGCAGCCUAGGGUCGGAUUCAUCAGAAUGUGUAUAAACACACACAUUGGCGUACUUUCUACACAGAGGCUGAACUUGGACUGCUUGGUGCAUUUGUGCAAAGUGUGUACGUCAGGCAGUUCAUUAUAAUUAUUCCCUGGUUGCUUUUUUUCCUUUUUUACUUUGUCUUUGAGGUUGCUAAAGGUUAGGUCGUUAAUGUGUGCGUACACCUGUUAGAUAGGUUAGGCUGUUAUGCCGGGGCUGAGCUGAAGUACAUUGAAUGCCACGUAUAUGUAAUCAACCUUUUGGCUCAUUUAAAGCUGUAUGAGAUUGAGAACUUGGAUCGAGUGGUAUUCAAACGUUUCCGGCUAGGAAGGCAUUGUUCCCUGCAGAACUUCUGGGGACAGCGUUUCUUUUUUUUUUUGUGGGGGGGGGGGGGCAGAAUUUCUCACAACCGCCCUCCUAACUCCAAUCCCAUAAAUCAACCUUAGAAUUUGUGAAAUUUCUAUGUUUACGUUGACUAAUAACCUUCAAUUCAUUAUAUUUUCAUUUCUCUUGAAAAUGAACUAAUAAAUGUACUCUUACUAUAAUCUCUCUUAAAAACAUUCUACUCUGUCCCGUACAAUAAAUCUACACUCCACCCCACUUUUUCGUUAAUUUAGCGACCCCACUGUGGGGUUCCUGGUGGGUUGGGACCCCAACUUUGAAUACCACUGCCUUAUGCCCCAUGCUUGUAACAUCAGAAUGUUAUUAUAUUGCACAUCUCUUUCAUUUCCAAAAUGGGAUUGAUGAGGGAUUAUUGCAUUUUACUCUCCCUUACUAUAGGCUUUAAAAUGAUAAUUGUAUUCAGCCCUCCCAAUGAAAAGUGAGCUUCUAUCCUCAUCUCCCUUUUUUAAUUUCCAUUUUUAUAGCUAAGCUUCUUGAUUGGAGCCCGCUUUGUCCUUUAAUCUUUAGGCCAAUCACAAAAAUUCAGGUUCGGUCAAAUGUGGUGCUUGAAGACCAGAGCAGUUUAAUUUCGGAUGCGCUCUGAAUCAUCCUUCCAGUAACUUACUCUAACAACACUGGAAGAAAUUCUAGCACAUAUCAGUUUUGGUGGUUGUAGUUUUUCUCUAUCCCAUUCUCUCAACUUGGCUCUAUCCCUGUUUUCCUGGGUCUCUGACACGCUCUCUCUGUGCUUCCCACUCUAUAUCCUUAUCUCUCUUUAUUUAUUUAUCUAUCUAUCUUACUCUAUUACGCUCCCUUUCUUUCUCUUAUCCUUAUCUCUAUCUGUACCCAUCUUCCUCCCUAUUCCUCUUUCACUCUCUCUUCUCUUGCAAAGAGGAACCACCAUUCUCUACACAAGUCAUUGCCCAGAUCUUUUGAUUUCUGCAUGGCUCCAUAAAGCACAUCGAAAAUAAGUGUAAGGAAGAAAUGCCCGUCCACUUUUUCUUUCUUUACAAGUUGCGUGUUGAUCAUGGAGUCUGUUUGCUGCAUGUUAUGCAUUUUAUCAGGUGGGGAAACCCGACAAUAAAAAUGUCCACUAUCUGCAGUGUUGAGCAAUGUUAAAUAAAACGGCGCCAAUCCCUCUUCUGAGAAUAACGGUUGACUAGAGAUCCGAAAGAAGCUUGUGCAGAUCGGGUUCUGUGCAUCUGUUUACUUCUGCAUCUAGAUAAUCCCCCCUAACUUCCCUCCUUUUGAAUUCUCCCCACGCUGCUCUGAUUUGAUUGACCUAAUAAUGUAGCCCACGCCUUAUCAUAUUUCUGAAUAUCUGAGAUUAAAUGACUGAAAUAAAAAGCCUGCAGCUUUUAAAUUAACAUUCCAAAAAUAAACUGCGGAUACAGCCUUAGCAGACUGGCAGACUGUUCGAAUUAGUGAUAUGUAACUUGGGCAACGAUGUGUCCAAAAGCAGGGUACUAGUGGUAUUUCCUGGUUACCCAGCUAUGCUGUAUACAUGUCCUCAGUCAUAAUCUGAUGACUGGCUACGAGGUAGUAGCCCAGAAAUGGAACAUCACUCCAUAAACAUCGUACAGAGGAUAAAUGCAUGCACAGAACAUGAUCUGUACUUGCACAACAGCUUCUGGGUCUUUAGUAAAAGAGGAACUUUCAGAUGGUCAGAGAAACAUAGCCAGUGUGGUGAAAAACUUCAACGCCACCUAGUCUAAUUUAUAAUCAAAUUGAUGAGUAAAUUAUUGUUGAAAUAAGACAGUGAGAUUCAAAAGUAUGAAAACAAGAUUAUCAGUUUUGUUCAGAUUGUUUCUGUGCAGUGCACAUCCGAACUUUAAAUUGCAUAGGUGACGGAUUUGACUGCAAAGGUUGUAAGUUAAAAUCCACAUUGCUACAGUUUGCUUUAAACCUUUUUUUUUUUUUAAGCUUUCACAAACCUUAAAAAUGAUGUUAACCGUUUGGAAGAAUGAAUACCUAACCUUAAUGUUAUCGUAAUACCUAACCCUUGACUCUAAUACCUAACCCUAAACAUCUUUGUGAAGGAGCUAUGUUGUCAUCCUUUAUUUUUACCUGGAUGUGUUGGCUGUCACCAUACCUAUAGACCUUUAUCUCCCAUGGACAAACAUCAGAUACUGACGUGAGACUGUGAGAUCUUGUUCGAUCGUGAUACUGUACCCAUAUAGGCUUGUAGCAGUCUUUUGGAAGGUUACUUCAUGAGCAGUCGAAAGAGCAGUUUUUGCAUCUUUUGGUCCUAACAGCUAGUCCUUUCGGGAUAAGAUAAGACGCUGCUGUCUGCCAGGAAAUCAAGUGCCUUCAGACUCCGUGGAAGUGGGAAUGGAAAAACCGACAUGGGCUAUUUUACCAUACCAAGUAUUUGCCCCUUAGGCACAUUUUAUAGAGAAAAAAAUAUGUUGAACUCUAGAACCGAGGGUCAGCUCUGCAUGUGAUGACCGUGUCAAAUGAUGACAAUGGCCUGUCACCAUGCAGCUCUCAGUGUUUUGACCUAUGAUGACAACCAACGACAUUUUCAGUGGGACAAGCGGAAGAAUGAACUUGUCCAGGCUUUGUCAGCGUGAUGGAGAAAUUGAGAGCAGUUCUCAGACAUGAGCAGUGAGCUCCAACAACUCGAAGGGGGCGGGAGGCUUCUGAGGUUUCUCCAUUCAUUUGAGCUGGACCUGCUGGGCAAAGGGAAAUUUUUUCCAACACGUCCAGGGACUGCAAACGAAGAGGCUUUCGGGUGCGACUCUGACAUCUGAUAAUGGACUUGUUUUAUCUGAGUGUCGGUCAUUCGAUUGGAUCAGACUGACUGGUUCUCACAGACCUAUUUUACUACCGAAAUGAGAGUGUAACUCUACUUUUACAAAAACUGUAAAGACAUUGGAACUACCUGAGACCAAGAGUUACCUUAACCUGCUGGUUUUUGAAAAUAAUUAUUGUAAGAUUACUGUUGUUCGUAAAAACAAUGUUUUGGGUGGGGAGUUUUACAUUUCCCUUAUACUUAUUUUUAUUUUUUUUCUGAUUCCUUUUUUUUU